AUGAGUCCUAUACCACCGAAGGUCCUAGAUGACCUCUGCAGUCGUUUUGUCAUCAACAUUCCACCAGAACAAAGAAAUGAUCAUGUGCGAGUAUUGUUUGCAAUUGAAUUAGCGCAUUGGUUCUAUCUUGAUUUUUAUUGUGAAGAUUUUAAUGAUUUAAGAGCAUGCUCAUUAAGGGAUUUUGCCGAACAAAUUUUUUUACACUGUCCGUUUUUACGUGAUCAUGUAUAUGAAUUCGAAGCAAUCUUAUCAAAGUGGCGCGGUUUCAAAUCAUCUGUACCAACAUAUGGCGGCAUCCUACUUGAUCCAACUUAUGAACAUGUGUUACUCGUCCAAGGAUUUUACAAUCGCGAAUCAUGGGGAUUUCCAAAAGGAAAAGUUCAAGAAAAUGAGAUCCCAUUACAUUGCGCUAUUAGAGAAGUGAUGGAAGAAGUCGGUUUUGAUAUCAAAGAUCGUGCGUCUGAUAAUACCUAUAUUGAACGAUUAUUGAAUGGGCAGUUGAUUCGAUUGUAUAUUAUAGCCAAUGUUCCAUUAGACACAAGAUUUUGUGCAAAAACAAAGAAUGAAAUUAAAGAUGUGAGAUGGUUUCGUCUAGCAGAUUUGCCCUGUCACAAGCGAGACAUGACACCAAAGACAAAUUUAGAUUUAAGCCCAAAAGCAUUUUUUAUGGUUAUUCCAUUUAUAAAAGAUUUACGACGAUGGAUCGCUCAAGAGCAAGGUCUUCAUUCGUCAUCAAAUGGUCUCCACACAAGUGAUUCAGAUAAUGCGAACGAAUAUACCCAUAGUCUCCAUCAUCACCAGAGUCAGAAUCGGCCAACACAACAAAAUUGUAACAUGUCCACGUCACAAUUAGCUACUAACCAAAGAAGAAAGUAUGAUAGCGGAGUAAAACCAAUUAGUUUACAGCAACUAUUUGAAACAGAACAUACAAGGCAUAAUAAGUCUUAUCCGUUAUCCGAUUUUCAAAACAAUUAUUAUCAGAGACGAAACUCAACUAAAAUAAUAGCUGAUUUAACUGGCCAUCAAUAUCAAAUAACACAAAAUAUGAGAAAAAGUCGAACAAAAACAAACGAAAAUCAGGUAAUAAUCGAUCAAAGUCCAAUAAAACAGCCGACAAUACAAGAUACCAUCCAACAACAUUUUUGUAAAAUAUUAAAAAAUGAUUCGUUAACUGUUACCGAUAACACGAAUAUCGCUCAAACAAUUAAUGAAGCAUUAUUGUCAGAUAUGAAUAAUACUAAUAAAACUGUGAAAUUAAAUCAUAGUAUGAGUACACCGGCAACAACAACAACGCGUGAAAUAAAAACAACAAUUUUAUUAGCAACAUCGACAAGUACAAUUCAGAAAACUACGAACAAUAUUGUACAAAAUAAAAACGGUGAGAAACGAGUAUCUGGUACGCCAACAUCAAAUGAAGAAGGAAAUUCGUCACCAACAAAAUCAUCGUCUAUAAUAAAUAGUUUUAAUCGUAAUGAGGAUCACAACAAUUUGGGAGGAAAACAUAAAAAGAUGUCUCAUCAUCACCAUCAAAAAUCUAAUCAACCGCAAGUGCAAUAUACAAUAUUAAAAAAGAAUCAACCUAAUGAACCUACACGAAAUUUAUCGUCAAAAAAGUUUUCACGACAUAAUCCUUCAGAACAACAGAACAAUGUUGAAAAUCAACAAGAUGAUCAGAUAAAACAGACGGAUUAUGAUCUACAAAAUCGACGUCGCACUGAUCGUCGAUUACAAAUAACAAAUAAUAGUCAGCAACUUGAUCGAUCGUCUUCAUCAAAAUAUCCCAAUACUCGAACAAAUGUUACCAUACCAUUUUCAAAUUUAACGAACAAUAGUAACGAUAAUCAACAAAAACAAAGUACAUAUUCCCGUCGUUAUUAUCCUCAAAAUAAUCAUUCACAUCAACAAAAGCAAUUUUUUGGUCCGCGUUGUUGGACAAAUUUUCGUUUCAAUCGUCACGAAAUAUUACGUUGUUUAUAA